CUCGUUUAUGAUAAAGGAGAGAGAGUGUGUGUGAAGCCAUUAACGACUAACCAGCUUCAAAAAAAAAAAAAAAAUUAAUUCCCCAAAUUCAAAGUUUUACCCUGAACCCAGAAAAUAGUGUCACAUAUGACCUAUACUCUGCAACAAUUCUUUCCAAUUUUUGCUUUAGAUCCAUCAAGGAAGAGAAGAAGUAGAAUCAGUUUUCAAAUUCACUGCUCUUCUGAAUCAAGUAAAGAAGAAAAAGAAGGAUUUGAAGAGCAAUCCAAUGUGGUAUUGGUGGAGAGAUAUCGAAAUGGCACGGCAAAAAGGUAUGUUAUAGAUGGCAAUUCAAAGGUGCAAACAUUUUUGGAGGAGCAGAAAGCAGUGACAAAUGACUCCCAGUUCUCUUCCUCGUUCAACACAAAAGUAUCGUGGCUUCCAGAUGGUAUUAAGGUUUUCGUUUUACCUUCAGGAUUUCCAGGCUCAGUGUCGGAUGAUUACUUGGAGUACAUGUUAUUACAGCUCCCUACUAAUAUUACUGGAUGGAUUUGCAGCAUAUUGGUCACGUCAAGUCUGCUAAAGGCUGUAGGUGUAGGAUCCUUUUCUGGAACUAGUGCUGCUGCAACUGCCGCCGCGAUCAGAUGGGUGUCAAAAGAUGGUCUUGGCACUCUUGGGCGCUUUUUCAUUGGUGGGCGGUUCGGGGAUCUUUUUGAUAAUGACCCGAAGCAGUGGCGUAUGUAUGCUGACUUCAUUGGCAGUGCUGGAAGUAUCUUUGAUCUUACAACACCACUGUUUCCCGCAUAUUUCCUACCACUCGCAUCUCUUGGAAAUCUAACUAAGGCUGUAGCUAGAGGAUUGAGGGACCCUUCAUUUCGGGUUAUCCAAAAUCACUUUGCCGUCUCAGGAAACCUCGGAGAGGUUGCAGCAAAGGAAGAAGUUUGGGAGGUAACAGCACAGCUUAUUGGUCUGGGUCUUGGCGUACUGGUUCUGGACUCACCUGGCAUACAAACAUCAUACACUACAUUGACGCUCACAUGGUUGAGCAUGCGCCUGCUGCACCUUUUGUUACGUUACCAAUCUCUUUCAGUUCUUGUAUUUAAUACAAUAAAUCUCAAACGCGCCCGUAUGCUUGUGAAAUCACAUGUGUUGCAUUCUGUGGUUCCAGGGUAUGUGGACUGCAACAAGAAGGAAAAUUUUCUAUCCUGGCAAAAAUUCUUAAAGCCAAGCAUUAUUUUUGGUGUAUCCUUAGAAGAAAUAAUUGACGGGGAAAGAUCUGUUUCCAAGGUGAAGGCACUUCUGGAAUUAUAUAAAGCGGAACAAUAUAUCCUAGUUGUAAAUCAACAACUGCAGACAGAAUUCCAAGUCUUAAUUUCAUUCAAGGUCAAUGCGACAGGUUUAUCAGUCUUGAGAAGCAUAUGGCAGACAUAUUGGUUAUAUGAACACUGGCAAGGAAGAGAUUCCAAGAAUGUCUUUGAUCAACUUCAGGAAAGCAUGUCGAAGUUGGAUGCAAGGUUUGAUGAUUUUCUUAAGCAGCUUGAGGAAGCUGGAUGGGAUGUCAAGCAGAUAAAACUGAAAGUACCCACUGAACUUUUAUUUGAAGAAAUGCAUACCGCUUAAUUCCAGCGCAGACAGUGUAAAUGGUGAUGGUUUUAACGAUUAAUUAAUUUUUUUUUGAAAUGGUGAUGAUGUUAACAAUCUAUAUUCCAAGAAAUGGAUUUCCCUGAAGCCUCAUCUAACAGAGAAAGGAGAAAGGAUGCUUCAAAAAGAGAAAUA